GGCAAAGUGACGUCAGCUCAGCCUCCCAGCUGAAAGGAGGGAAUGAAAGUGUAAGGAAACACACUGACCAUGGAGAAGCGCCGUGGGGAGGGAAAGUCCUCCACUGCUACAUCUGUAACCGUCAAACAGGGUGCUAGAGGGAGUGAUGUCGGCAGGUGAGGAGCGGGAUGGUGAGGCGCCAGCGCCCAUGUACGUGUAUGAAUCCAAGGUCCACUGUGCCAAUGUGCUGUUGAGCUUGGAGGAGCAGCGGCGUCAGGGCAUCCUGUGCGACGUGACCGUGCUGGUGGAGGGUAGGGAGGUGCGCGCACACAGGGCCAUUCUCGCUGCAAGUAGCCGCUACUUCCUGCAGGCUCUGCUGGGGCACAACAGGUCACCGGGCGAAGUGGAGCCCAUCAUUAACCUGCCAAACAAGGUGACAGCUAAGGGUUUUGCUCCACUGCUCCAGUUUGCCUACACAGCCAAGCUGGUUUUAAGUCAGGAAAACAUCCAUGAGGUCAUCCUGUGUGCUGACUUCCUGGGUGUUCACAAUUUGGAAGACUCUUGCUUUAGAUUUCUUCAAGCUCAGCUACAGAAUGACAGCCAAAAUGCCAGUAAUGGCAAGGAAUAUGAUGAUGACAUCACAGCCGAGGAUACAGUCUUUUCUGAGGAAAUAUCCUCGGAUGAUUCAGCAGAGACCAGGCAGCAAAGCACUGUAUCACUUAACGCUGACCUUUCUCAAUGUCCUAGAUACAGGAAACAUCAGUACCAGAUCUUUGACAACAAGCACAAUGGAGAAAACCAUCAUGGCAGUGAUGAUGUCAUUUUGGCCAACCAUACAGUCAGUCCAAUGAGCUCACAGCUUGCAGACAGUAGUACUGCUCCACAAACUCUUCUUAUACCCUCCAGGAUCAAACAGGAACCAUUAAUUUUUGAGGAAGAAGAUGAAAGAAGUGGUUGCAACCCAGAAUUGUGUACUGAGGAAGUACUGGAGAUGGAGCUAGAGUUAGAAGGGGUUCCAGUAGCAACUGAGCACUCUCCGAGCCAAGGUUCACCCUCUUCCUGCCUGCGCUCCUACCUUCAGAGAGGUGGCCUAGAUCUCAGUAGCGUGCCCAGCACCACCAUCCAGCAGCUACUCACCAACAGACUGUCCCUGAACCACUACAGGGAACUGAUCAAAGACAGGCAGAGUUAUAAGAGGGAACCUCUGGGUCAAGUGAACCCCAAGACCGGCAUUGCAGAUGUAAUACCAGCAGCCCUGACUGGCAUUGGCAAGAACAUGGAAAGACCAGUGUCCAAAGCCUCCUCCUCUAAACAUGAGGGGGAGUUAGACAGACGCAGUGUCAUUUUCUCUUCAGCAGCUGGCGAGCAACAAAUGUUUGCCCAUUCUUACGUGGAUGAGAAGGUCAGAGAUAAAGUUUCAACCCUGAUGCAGGGAGAAGCUCCUUUUUCUGGUCAGUCAUACCUCACCACCAGCUGCCCUGUUCCCAUCAAGGCAUCAGCACACUCCCCUCCUCCUUCUGAGCCCCCAACCCAGACUUCUAGCUCCCGUUCCUCAUUCUCUUACCCAGAGGACACAGGCAGUGGUAGCUCACCUUCCAGCUUUCCCCAGUUUGACUUAUCCUCAUCCCCGCACUCAGGUUCCACCUCUGGACUGUCUCACUGCCUGGCUGGGGUUGUGGAGCAGAGGAAUCCCCACAGUGGAGACGUAGUCUUCUCUCAGGGUUGCACCAAGAUCAAAAGUGAAAGGGCAUUUGGUGCCAGUGGUGGCAACUCCAGCGACGAAUCAGGCUCUUUCUCAGAGGGAGAUAGUGAAAGUGGCAUCUCCAGAGUCUCUGGCCCUGAGGUUAGUAUGGUAAAGCUGCCCUUCCCUGUGGACCACAUCACCAACCUGCCACGCAAUGACUUCCAGAUCCUUAUCAAGAUGCACAAGCUGACCUCAGAGCAGCUUGAGUUCAUCCACGACAUCCGCCGUCGCAGCAAAAACCGUAUCGCCGCCCAGCGCUGUCGCAAGAGGAAGCUGGAUUGCAUCCAGAACCUGGAAAGUGAGAUCCGCAAACUGGUGUGUGAGAAGGAGAAGCUGCUGAGUGAGCGCAACCAGCUGAAGGUUUGUAUGUCUGAGCUGUGGCAGAACCUCUCCUUCCUGUCCCAGCAAGUGUGUAUGGAGGUGCAGGGCAACCAGCCUCCGAUCUCUGCCAGCAUUGACCUCACAUCCAACCCACCAUCGCCUUCUUCUGAGGAGGGCUCGUUCCAGCCAAGGUCGCCUGUGUCACAACAAAGCGACGUUGCAUGUCUGUCUGAUGUGGGUCCCAGUCAGGGGGGGCUGGAGGACAGGCAGCCUGGCCUGGAGGUGUCAGGUCUGGCGAAGAAGAAUCCAGAUCGUCCACUGGUGCUUAGAUCCACUGAGAAAGUAUGUAGCCCCACUGUAACAGUGGAUUUCUGCCAGGAAAUGACUGAGAAAUGCACAACUGAGGAACAGAAGAGACAGGACUGUACUUAGAGUCUGGUGGUUUGGUCUAUGACACACUCAUACAUGUCUAAACCUUGAUAUUCGAAGUAUUUAUAUUUCUUUUUUGUAAUGAUGACACAAGCGUUGUCUUAUCAGCAAUACAACAAAAAGCACUGGCAGCUUUCUCUCUCUUUCUCGCUUCUUCUUUCUGCCAAAUCCUGACCUUUUCUUCCUGUCAGCUUCCAGCCCUCUCUCGUGCAUCAUGGGAGGUUAUACUCAGGAAUUCCUCAGAAUGUUCAGAAAUGUCCCUGUUAACAUGUACAUGCGCUUUACUUUAAAGUCCUGUCAAAUCUUGAUAAUUACUUUGGUACAUACGAUUUGUAGUACAUAAUUCAUAUUUGACCUCUAAGUCAUGUUUUAAUUUUCAGCAUACACUAUGUAUCUUGUUUGUUUUACCCAUACGUGAGUAGAAAUGUAACAAUUUGUGAUUCACCUUUAAGUACAUUCCUCAGCUAAGGACAAAGUGUCACACAUUUUAACUAGCUUAAAUGAGCUACUUUUGUAGUGUUUUAUGCUUGUAGUGGUUUGUUACCAAGUCAAACCAGAUCCGAACUGUUUAAGUUAGAUAUGUUGAUUGUAUUAGUGUUAAUAUUGGAUUUUAUUUACAGUAGAUGUAAAUUCCAGCUAUGGUGGUUUUGCAGCCACUUCGACUCCUGUGUGAAGAUGACACUACUGUAGUGCUUUUCACCAAGAGGGAAACGUUGUAGCCGACAGAAUUUCCCAAUAUCUCUGACAAUAAAUUACAACUAAGAGGCUUUGGUCUGCAGCUUAUAAUUAUAGUCCGAACCGUAUGAUGUGAACAUGGCACAAUACUUCAGAAGGCUGUCACUGCACUGCUGUAACUCUAACUAAAAUCACAAAUUGUAGUUUUUGCAUUUCUGUUAAUGUACAGCUUUAGCGAUGUUGGUAGUUUUUCUUUUACUUUUGGUGUGAGAGUCAGGCUUAUUCCACUCUUUAUGCCAAGCGAGGCUAACCAUGUCCUGACUCCAGCUCCGUGUUAACAAACAGACAGAUGUCCUUUAAGUUAUUCAAUAUAUGGUACAACUUGAAACAGCUUAGAUUUUGUCAUGUGGCUUAACAUUUUUAAUGAUCCAGUAAUGGCUGAGUGACACAGGACUUUAAAGUAAAAUGUUACCAAAGGUGUGUAUUUGUAUAAUUUUACAUUAGGUGAAAUGGUCAAAUGAACUCCUUAUGCAAAGUUGCUUUAGUCAAACUUCACUUUUACUUUUUAUUGUACUCAGAUGGACAUUUCUACAUGUUUCUCUUCUCCCUUUUUUCAUAUCUGCGCUAAGAGACAGGACUACAUUACAAAGUUGAAGCACUGCCCAGCACCUCCAGGAAGUGACAUUUGGCACUGAAUAUGAGCAAACGCAUUGUGACGUUGGCAUUUACAGUAAAACAUGUCCCAUGCCGAUCACUGGGUGUCCAAAUAGAUUAAAGGACCAUACCAAUGUUUAUACCAUAUUUCUACUGACCAUUUUCUCAUGUCUCAGUUCAUUUCAUUAAUUUCUGCUCAGUGUGAAAAUUAUAGUCAAGCAUUCAGUUCAACAAAUAUAAAGACUUAAGUUUUCAACACAUUGAUUUACAUGAUUACAUUUGAAUUCCUCUGAAAAUCCAACUAUGUUACUAUUAUAUCAUUUGCUAGUUCUUUCUAAAAAUGCAAAUAAAUGAGUGGGGAUUUACUGUGCACUUAAAUGAAUUAAUAUUAUUAAAUUAAAUUAUUAUAGAAGGUUGACUUGAAAAGUCUAUCAAAAAAUAUUAUCAAAAAUACAAACAGUAAUGUUCAGUGUGAUGGAUUUAUCAUUUCAAGCAAUUCUCCCAGUUGAUUUAUGUAGUAUAUAUUACUAUAGAGUCAAAUAAAUGGAAACCAGAAGCUACCUGAAAGGUAGAAAAUAAUCUAUAACUUUUCUUAUCAGUUUUCUUUGGAAAAUGGAUGGUAGUAAUGUGACGUAUGCAUGGUCCAUGUUAAAUGGGCCAGAACACACUGGUGUGGUCAUUUAAACAACAGCUUAAACAAAGUGCUCUUUUGGACCCAUUUAUUUAUUGUCUUAUAAGUAGUAAGAAUUGUGUUUAUACUUAUAGUAAUCAUGUAUUUUGCUGCACUGUUCUAGUAUUGUACAUACCUUCUAAAAUGAUUUGGUACAGUAUGUUGGUGUUAGGCACCUACAUUUUCAAAUUCACAUAUCAUAUGUGAAUUUGUUCAAAUACUGAGCAAAAUGAUCAAUUUCUACUUACAAAUGAGUAUCCCUGAUGGUGCAUGGUAUGAAGUUCAAAGCUCCAAACAAACACACUGGCACGUUAUUGAUUUAGGGAGAUGCCAAAUUCAUCUGCUGUUGAAAAGUCAAUGGUGAGGCACGUGGCAGGGUGAGUGCUGCUGCCAUCUGCUUUGUUGCUGCCCAGCACUCUGCUGCUGCGCUGUCAGCUUCAUGGUGGAGCAUGUCCAUGGCAUCUGAAUACCGGAUGUGUUUGGGCGUCUUUUGUCCCGGGUCAGGGUGAAGUCACUUUUAGCACAGGAACAUCAGACUAGAAUUUGAAACUGCAAUUGCAAACAUUUCGUUGCACUUCAAAUAAAUGGCUGAGUUGGUAAAUGUAAAACUACUAGCUUUGAAAAGAAGCGGGCUAUUUGAGUUAUAAAAUUAAAACAAUGACAGCUUGACCAUACUAGCUUUGACAGACUAGAAUGAACUAAAGUUAAAAAAUAAAAACAAACCUGCUCAGAAGGGAAAGCAGCCCAUGACAUCACCACAGGACACUGUUAGCCAAUCGUAAUCUCAUUCGAAUGUACUAUAUGCUCAGAGUACACUGAAGGACACUGCUCAGCUGGUAUUCAUAUACUUUAAUUCCUUAAUGUGAACUUGUUAAUUUAUUUAUUUGGACUUGGUGGUGGUGGUUGGGGUCGGGUGUUGAGGAAAUUGCAUAGAUGUAAAAUGUAGGUAGCUACUCUUUCUUAGAAUUGAUUUGUUAAUGGUUGUAUUUUUUUAUUGUUGACAAUUUUUCUGAAAAAUAAGUCCUCAUUCACAAGUCACACAUGUAAGUUGUAAAAUUUUAACAUAAAGGGGUGUAUGUUUACAAUGUUGUGAACGACCUUUUCUUUUUGUUUUGUGAAGAUAUAAUUGACCUGAGAAUUAAUUUAAAAGAAAAGCUGAUAAAGCUCUUUUUUAUUUACAUAAGUUAAAAGGGUUGAUUAUUUUGUGAGAAAAAUAAGUAUCUGACAAAUGCAGCUACAUUUUCUUGCCUUAGAGGUUACAGAGGCCAAACUAUCCAAUAAGGGAACAAAGGGUUUUAUUCAGUGGAAACUACACUGCAGCUUUGACAAACUGCUUUGCAAAAGUGUCAUAAAAUGUGGAUGUUGCCCCCUUCUGACCCUGCUGUAUUUGUCUGAGAUGAAGCCUCGAAAGAGAAAGACAAACACUAUAACUUUAUUAAGACUUUUUUUCAUUAUUCAUAAAGGUCCCUUUUGUGACUAAAAGUCCAUUCAAGAACCCCCCCCCCCAAAAAAAAAAAAUAAUAUGGAGACCUAAAGUAUUCAGUAUUAAAUGAAAAAACGUAUGAAUAAAUACAGACAAAAUAUGUAAUAUAACCAUGAAAGUGUGAAAUACUUACACAGUUUGAAAACACUACUUGAAAUAAAAACAUACAGCUGGAAUAAAAUACAUAUGUAAAACAUUUAACACUAAUCAGCAUUUUUAAAUAUUUUGGGAUUAUUUUACAAUUUCAUGG